CUGGACAGAUCUGAAUCGUGAUGAGUUCACUAUAACAGCAGGAAGGUGGAUCGUUCCCAAAAUGUCACAAUUUCGUUGACAUCGACAUAAUUGUGGUUCAAAACCUUGAGAAAACCCAUGAUGGGAUUUUUAUCUGACUUUGUUGUUGUGUUUGAAGGUUGGCUGAAGGAGGAGCGCACAUGUUGCUGAGCGCACACACAUCCAUUGUUUUCCACCACAACACAAUGACUGCUUUUCCCCUACGUGGAGGAAACUGCCUUUAAAUAUCACAGACACGACUCUCACUUGUUUAUCAGCAUGGAGAGAAGGAGGAGAGAUGCUGGUUUUUUGUGGUUCGUUAUUUAUAAGAUAGUUUUAGAGACUUUUCACCUUUUAUUUAUAGGUGUGACGAAAGCAUGAAAUGAAGUGAGACAGCUGGGGAGACAUGCAGCAAAGGGCCUGGUCUGAACCUGAGGCCGCAGCCUCAAGAAACUCUGAGUUACUGACAUUAUCCCCGUCAUUCAAUGUCUGUGUUUUUCAGGCUGGACAUGACGGCGAGAACGUUGGGAACUGUCCCUUCUGCCAGAGGCUGUUCAUGGUUCUGUGGCUGAAAGGAGUGAAGUUCACAGUGACCACUGUUGACAUGAGGAAGAAACCAGCAGAGCUGAAGGACCUGGCCCCGGGGACCAACCCUCCGUUCCUCCUCUACAACGGCACCCUGAAAACAGACUUCAUCAAGAUCGAGGAGUUCCUGGAACAAACACUGGCCCCACCCAGGUAUCGCUGCAUGUGCUCAAUCAUUUU